AUGUAUCAGCACAUCCUCGCUUUAGAGUUUGCCAUCAUGGAAAUCAAUAGAGUUAUCUCUAUUUUACCGAACCAUACCUUGGGGUUCCAUAUCUAUAAUGCCUACUUUGAUCCAAGUUGGACAUACCGUGCCUCAUUGGAGCUCUUCUUUACAAAGGGCCAAUUCAUACCUAACUAUAGCUGUGAUUCUCAAAACAGACCAAUAGCAGUCAUUGGAGGACCUUCCUCUGACAUCUAUCUGUACAUGGGUAAUAUCCUUUCCCUGUACAAGAUGCCACAGAUAUUGUAUGGUUCUGCUCCUGAAAUUAGCACAAAAGAACAAACUGCUUUUUACCAACAGAUGUUGCCGAAUAUGGACAGUCAGUACAAAGGAAUUUUUCAAUUAUUGCUAUAUUUCACGUGGACAUGGGUUGGAAUGUUGCUAGUAGACAACGAGAGUGGUGAAACGUUUCUGCACAGGGUGCUUCCCAUGGCCACCCAUAGUGGCAUCUGCUUUGACUUCAUUGCGAGAUUUCCCAACCCUGUUCAUUCAAAUAUUCUGAAAAAGAUGAUCGAAAUAGGACUUAACAUGUACAGAUUUGUUAUGAAAAGUAAUGUCACUGUGGUGGUAGUUCACGGUGAAAGUGGUAACAUGAUAACUCUAAGGUUUCUUUCCAGUAAAUUGAAAGACAAUGAUUUACCACUAUGGACAAAAGGGAAAGUCUGGAUUAUGACAAUCCAGAUGGAUUUCACGUCAAAUCCCUUUCACCGAAAUAAGGAUCUGGUUUUCCUUCAUGGUGCUUUAUCUUUUUCAAUUCACUCAGAGAAGAUAUUGGGAUUCCACCAAUUUGUUCAGAUGAGACACCCUAACUUGGAAAAAGAAGACACUUUUAUCAAGCUCUUCUGGGAAAAUGCUUUUGAAUGUUCCUUCCACCCCUCUGUAAUGAAAAAGGCAAAUGGGGCCACUUGUACUGGAAAGGAGAAACUGGAGGUUCUUCCUACAUCUGUCUUUGAAAUGGAAAUGAGUGGCCACAGCUACAGUGUCUACAAUGCUAUCUAUGUGGUGGCACAUGCUUUGCAUGACUUCUAUUCAUCUAUAAUGAAAUACAGAGAAGGGAGGCAAAUCAAGGGGAAACUUUUGAAUCAACAUUUAUGUAAGCUCAACUACAUGAUCAGAAGAAUUUCAUUUAAUAAUAGUGCCGGGCAAAAAAUUGGGUUCAAUGAAAAUGGAGAAUUGGAGACUGGAUUUGAUAUUAUCAAUUGGAUCACAUUUGAAAAUUUGUCUUUUAAGAAAGUCCAAGUUGGAGGCAUAGACCUCAAGGACUCCAAUGAAAAUAUGGUCACCAUUUAUGAAGACGAUAUUGUGUGGCCAAGCAGGUUUAACCAGUAUGGACAGACCCGGCCACUUUCUCUAUGUAAUGGGAAGUGCGAUUCAGGCUACAGUAAGAUUAAGAUAGAAGGAAAACUAUUUUGCUGCUAUGACUGUCUUCAAUGUCCAGAAGGGAAGAUUUCUAACAGGGAAGACAUGGAUGAAUGUUUUCAAUGUCCAGAAGAUCAGCAUCCCAAUGAGGAGCAGGUUUUGUGUCUCCCCAAAGUUACAACAUUCUUGAACUACAAAGAAACCUUGGGAACAGUUAUGGCUACUUCUUCUCUUUUCUUCUCUUUAAUCACAGUUGGAGUCCUUUGGAUUUUUAUUAAGCAUCAGGACACUCCCAUUGUCAGAGCUAACAACCGAAACCUCACAUAUGUACUCCUUGUUGCUCUCCUGUUAUCAUUUCUUUGUACUUUGCUAUUCAUUGGGAAACCUCACAAGGUGACAUGUCUCCUUCGUCAAACUGCCUUUGGCAUCAUCUUCUCAGUGGCCAUUUCUUGUGUUUUGGCCAAAACCAUCAUCGUAGUUCUAGCUUUCAUGGCUACCAAGCCAGGGUCCAAGAUGACCAAAUGGUUGGGGAAAAGACUUGGCACAUUUCUAGUAUCCUGCUGCUCCUUUAUUCAAAUUAAAAUUUGUAUUAUAUGGCUGAUCAUCUCCCCCCCAUUCCCAGAUGCUGACAUAAAGUCAAUAGCAGAAGAAAUCAUUUUGGAGUGUAACGAAGGAUCUGCCUUCAUGUUCUACUGUGUCUUGGGUUAUAUGGGCUUCCUUGCCAUUGUCAGCUUCACACUGGCCUUCCUAGCAAGGAAAUUGCCUGAUGCUUUCAAUGAAGCCAAGUUUAUCACCUUCAGCAUGUUGGUCUUCUGCUGUGUUUGGUUGUCCUUUGUUCCAGCAUACCUGAGUUCAAAGGGAAAAUAUAUGGUUGCUGUGGAAAUCUUCUCCAUUAUAGCUUCCAGUGCUGGAUUACUGCUUUGCAUCUUUUCUCCCAAAUUGUACAUUAUUAUGCUGAGGCCCGAUUUGAACAAAAAAGAUCAGCUCAAAAGAGAAAAGAACAGAGUACCAUAAAUUUAAUUUCUGUUUCCUAUUUUGCAUCAGGUAUCAGGAAAUUAAAACCUGUUGUGUCUAGGACCAGGGUAGAAACUAGGAUAUUGUGAGUUCUACUCCUGCCUCAUACAUGUUCUAUUGUGGAGAAAAAUAGAAGGAGGGAGAAGUAUUAGAUAUUUUUGCUGCCUUGAAUUAGUUAUAAAAAUGAAUAAUGGCAGGAGAAAGAAAAAUCUUUUUUUAAAAAAAAUCCCUCUACAGAACCCUUUAAAUGAUAUAUGGAUCGUAAGUCCAGAACAACUAAAUUUAUAAGAUACUAGACUAGAAACCAGUAGACUGAGGCCUUAGGCAUGUAUAUAUAUAGAGAUAUUUAUGGAUAGAUGAGAGAGGGAGAGAGAGAGAAAUGAACAUGGAGAUAGACAGAGAAAUAUAUGGAUUUAUAUGGAUAUAUAUAAUACAUAGAUAUAGAUAUUUACAGUAACAUUAACCAUCAGGUAAAUCUUUAAAAAAACACACCAUAAAAUUCUAAUAAUAAAAUGCUCUGUUCUAAACUCUAGUUUUCACCCAGAGGGUAAAUGGUGUUCAUACUUGGGGGGGAUGAUGUUCCACAGGAGUGCAUUAUGAUA